GUCACCACCGCUGAAAAAACGUCUUUUUGCCCUUCCAUUCGAUUUGCCCAUCCCCCCUCGUCCAGUGUCCUCUUCGUCCCCGCGUGUACUCGGACCACCUUGGACGCCGCAUAGAGAAGGAAUAAGGAGGAGAUUCUCCCCUCACCUCCCCUACUUUCCCGCCUCUAAGCAGUCGUGGCCAACUCCCGGUUCUCCAUGAUGUUCACGCCAUCUACGAUAUGAGAAUCCCGCCUGUAGAAGUCAUUCUCAGUUGGCCGACCCCGAACUUCGUCAACCCAGUAACGAGAGGCCCGGCCAACGAGAUCGUUGCCAUUAUCCUACUGGCCAUCGCCGCCGUCAUCCUAGCCAUCCGGAUCUAUACACGGCGAUGUAUCACUAAUGGGUUCGGCUGGGACGACAUUCUUAUCGUACUGGCCUUCAUUCCAGCCACGGGCUUCGUGGUGCUUGGAGUCAUAGCUACGAACAGCUAUGGCUGGGGACGGCAUGUCUGGGAUGUGCCUACCGAAACUAUUACGGGAUCGCUUCAAAUCGGCCUCGCCAGCCAGAUCCUGUUCGAUUUGGCGACAAGCUUCACCAAGUUGUCCAUGUUAGCUCUGAUGUACAGAAUCGCGUGUGCAGCGUCGAAUAAGUUGAGGGUGCUCGUCGUAGCACUGCAGGUGCUCAUUUCCGUCAACUGCGUCGUCUUCAUGUUGGUAGCCAUGCUGCAGUGCCGACCUCUCAAGCUUUACUGGACUCUCUCCUUGGAACCUCAGAACUGCAUCAACGAAUCCGCCCAUCUUCUCGUUGCCGGCACCAUCAAUACCGUCACCGACUUCCUGGUGGUUCUCUUGCCGCUCGCCCUCGUGCGUAUUGUAUACGCCGACAAACUUACCUCAAGACAGCUUACCAUUGUCAACCUCUUAUUUGGUGCCGGAUUCCUCGCAUGCUUCGCUGGUAUUGCUCGCACAUACUUCACCUGGAUCAUGACUACGGAGCCUGACGCUACAUGGAAUGCCUGGAUCAACUGGCUUGUGUCUUGCCUUGAGCUAUUCCUCGGCAUCAUUUGCACCAGUAUUCCAUCUACAAAACCAUUCUUCAACAAAUAUCUCCCCAAGUUCCUCGGCACCAACGCACGGAAAACUCGUGCAACAACGGAACCAGUACCCACCGACAAGGUCACCACCGGUUCGGCGAGAACCAGUCAGAUGUCGAGCGAGCCCGUGGUGAAGGAGCUCGACGUGAUUGCCUCAAAGUCUCCCGCAACCAAAAGGUUUAGCGAAGGGACGCUCAACAAGCCGUUACCGGCAGUGAUGAAGAAUCACUCAGUCUACACUAUCAACAUCCAACUGGACGAAGCCAGUUUAGGGCCCGCUGAUAGGUCUCCCGACAGGAGAAGGGCUCCAGGGAGUCGGACGACGGAAAAGUCGGACAUGGCCCGGCGCCAGGCCGUCAAUAAUUUCAGCCGCCCAAAGAUCCAACACGUGAGGAGCAAUUCAGAGCCCUCAAGCCAACACCGGCCCAGCUUCAGUGCCGAAGACGGCCGACCUGACAGCCACCUUACCAAUGCGUCGGGGGAGAGCAGUCGUCACAGUCAGAUCCUAUACGAAGUUGACGACGUCGUCUAUCGUGAGAGCAUUCGCCAGAGCAUCGACGACCUAGAAGCAGGGAUUCGCUAUGGCACCUACGACCGCAGCAGUUACACUGCCGUACCCGCGCCUCUGCGAAAACACGCGAAAUCGGGAUCUGUCGGUACAUUCGGGGGCUAAUUGACGGGCCAGAAAAAGCUUGUCCAAUGUGUAUAAACCUUGGCAGACGGGAAUAUCCAUUGUGUUUCUUCCGGGGUAAAGGACCAGGAAGGGGCGGCUAGAGAAUGCUUGCUCAAAGAGUUUUACGAUACACCCUCAGGACAUCAGUUCCUGCAUUUCACUUCCCUUUACGGCCAUGUUUAUAGUUUCUUACCUAUUUAAGCUUCUCGGGAGCCAGACCCGAGCUUUAGUCAACGGAGUCAAUGACUAGUAAUCCAG